AGGUGUGGCGGGGCGCGGGGCGCGCUGGGAGGCGUGGCCUGGGCAGCGGCCGGCGCCCAUGGCCGAGCCGGACGCUCCCGGUGCCCGCGGGGAGGAGGCGGAGCAGGACGCGGAGUCGCCGGCCUCCGAUACCGAGCCCGGCGCUUCGGGUGACUCUGAAAUGGAGCUGCUGCGGAGCCUCCUGUCCCGGACGCUGGGGCUGGGCGGGGAGAAGCCAGAGAAGGUGCUGGACGAGCUGAGCCUGGAGGGAGUGAGCCGGUUCCUGCAGAGUGAGAGAUGUAAGAACGUCGUGUGCAUGGUGGGCGCCGGGAUCUCCACCUCUGCCGGGAUCCCCGAUUUCCGCUCGCCCGGCACCGGGCUCUACGCCAACCUGCAGAGCUACGACCUGCCUUACCCUGAGGCCAUCUUUGAGAUCAGCUUCUUCAAGCAACACCCCGAGCCCUUCUUUGCCCUGGCCCGGGAGCUCUAUCCAGGGCAAUUCAAGCCCACGGUCUGUCACUACUUCAUGCGGCUGCUGCAGGAGAAGGGGCUGCUGCUGCGCUGCUACACCCAGAACAUCGACACACUGGAGCGGGUGGCGGGGCUGGAGCCCGAGCUGCUGGUGGAGGCUCACGGCACCUUCUUCACCUCCCACUGCCUGCGCCCCUCCUGCCGGCAGCCCUACAGCCUCCAGUGGAUGAAGGAAAGGAUUUUCUCGUCCCUCGUCCCCAAAUGCGAGAAGUGCCAGAGCGUGGUGAAGCCUGACAUUGUUUUUUUUGGGGAGAGCCUCCCAUCGCGCUUCUUCACCCUCCUACAGUCGGACUUUCAAAAGGUCGAUCUGCUCCUCAUCAUGGGCACCUCGCUGCAGGUCCAGCCCUUCGCCUCUCUCGUCAGCAGGGUCCCCACCAACACCCCCCGGCUCCUCAUCAACAAGGAGAAGACGGGGCAGAGCGACCCCCUUAUGUCCCUCAUGGGCUUCGGCUGCGGCAUGGACUUUGAUUCGGACAAGGCUUACAGGGACGUGGCCUGGCUGGGGGAGUGUGACGCCGGCUGCCUGGCGCUGGCCGAGCUGCUGGGCUGGAAGAAGGAGCUGGAGGAGCUGGUGCGGAGGGAGCACGCCGCCAUCGACGCCAGGGCUGCCCAGGGGGGCGACGGCAAGGCCCGGGGGGGCGACAGCAAGGCCCCGGAGGGCAACGGCAAGGCCCAGGGAAGCAAGGGCGAGACCCCCAGCGGUGACGGUGAUCGCCAGGGGGGCAGCGGGCCCCCCACACCGUAGCAGGGGGGUGACAUGAAAUGGCUGCAGAGGCGGGUUAUCGGCAUCGCCUGUUCUCUUCUGGGGGCUGGGGGGGACACACAGGC